CUUCCCUGCUUUCCAGAGUUGUAAAAGACAGGAGGUUGUCCUAAAGGUAAACAGGUUGAAAGCUGAUCGCGAGGAGAGACUCAUCGUCGUCCUUUUGUUCUUGUUUUUCUUAACCUUUUUUUUUUUUUAAAGAGAAAUCCAAAUCAAUCAUGUCAGUCAAUGUGGAUAUGAUAAAGAAAAUGCUUCCUAGGACAUAUAUGCGAAAAUAUGUGGCCCAUCAAAUUAACGUCGCCAUAACUUACUUCAAAGACCUCGUGCCUGCGAUGGAAGAGUACGUAUACACAGAUGGAACCACAAAGAACUUGAUGAGCCUUAAAGGAACCAUCCCGGUGGUGGUUUCAGACAAGACCUACAACAUCCCUGUAUGUGUUUGGAUUGAGCCAAGCUACCCUAAGGCUGCACCCAUGUGUUAUGUAAGGCCCACACGUGAAAUGAUGAUCGUCAAAGGAAAGUAUAUCUCCAGCGACGGCAAAGUCGAAAUGCCUUACCUGAAAGACUGGAAGAAGGGUGAAUGUGACCUAUUUAGCCUACUGCAGGUGAUGGUUGCUGUGUUCGGAGAGCUUCCUCCAUUAGCAAUGCGCUCUUCUCCGGAGCUUGAACAAGCCUCGUGUUGGCUGCAGUUCCACCGACAAGCAGAUGGGAGAUAUUGUGUUUCUUUACCCAGAGGAGACGGCCAACCUUUCCAACAUGAGAACGAAACAAGUUGUUAGUCUUUUUUGUACAUAUUUGAGUGUUUUGUGUAAGAACUUUGUGUUUUUGCUAUGUUUUGUCUGCGUAAGGAUAGAUUAUAAAUGCAAAUACCAGUCAUUAACCAAACUUUAGGAUUGUCUCUAAGUCUUGUGGAAAUGUCAUGUUUUGCAGCGUUUCAGUUUCUUCUAUCUUUUAUUUGUUCACUACCUUGAAUUGCUUUACAACUAGUCUAAAAAAAAACUUUAUUUGCACUGAGUGAUCCCUUGGGUGAUAUUUCAUGGACCUUUGGACGGAAAAGUCACGCACAACCAAGUACAGCUAAACAGGACAUUUCAUAGCAAGUAAAUGUGUAUCAGUUACAAAGCUUUUGAGGAACUAUAAUUGCACAAGCUAAGCAGACACAAAUCUUUGGAUGAAGCUUCUGACACUAUUACGUUGUUUUUUUCUUUAUCCUUAAUAUUGGAGUUACUUGUAAUUUGAAAUGCUUGGAAUUUUCAACCAUGACUUUUCAAAACUGUUUUGUACAUGUAAAAAAAAGAGCCUUUUAUAAAGAAAUCUUAUUUGUC